GAUUUUUGGACUACAAGAGAAAACUCAGCCAAUAAUCUUUCUACCUUUCAAUGUACCAAUUUAAGCAAUUCUGGUAUUUUAAGUCUCUGUCUCAGGGGAGUUUUAAAUGGUGAAUGAAGCUUUUGUGUUGACAUAGAUAUUGAUAAUUUUGGCCAUGGCUUUUCCACUAAUUGAUUCUUUCUUGAAUGAAGCAGAAGAUGUUAGAGCUUGGUUCCCUUGCCCUUUCUGUUAUGUCGAAAUUGAAGUGCCAAUGCUUUGCAGCCAUUUGCAAGACGAGCAUUGUUUUGACUUAAAAAACGCGGUCUGUCCCAUAUGUGCUGCAACUUUGGGCAAAGAUCCUACAGGGCAUUUUUCUGUGCAACAUGCACACUCAGUAAAGAGGAGGAGAAAUUACCUAAAGCCUGGCUUCUGGAAUAAUGCUGCAGCUAUGAUCGGAAAGGAUCCUCGAGAAAUGGCUUCAUUUUUUGGCACAGAUUCAGCAUUUGGUCGAUAUAAGGUUCAAGAAUUGGCUCCUGAUCCACUUUUAUUGCCAUUUCUCUGCAAUUUUGCUCCUUCUGAUCUGAAAUGCAGGCAGCAAGAUAAGUCCUCUGUUUGUGACACUGCUACUCCUGAAAUAGAAAGCAGCAAGUUAGCUGUAUCUGAUCCAGCACUAGAAGAGGAUUUUGAAGAGAAAAGGCAGAGAGCUGCAUUUCUUCAAGAGCUGGUUGCUUCAACAAUCUUUUAGAAAAUCAACCAAUUUUUGCUUCAUAGAAUCAUGCAAGCGAUGAUCGUUCCAAAUUACUAGCAAAUGUCAUGUAACACCAGAAAACAUCUCAAACACUUCUAAUAUCUAUAAAUCAAUGUUACAAUUUCAAGUAUAUUAAUGCAAUCUCAUUUGUUCUUGA